CGGACGCACACGUACACCCAUCGUGGCGGCACAAAAAUACAUCACCGCAAAGAUUCCCCCCGCGCUUCCCGAUACGAUCUUCACUCAACAAGCUCUCCUCUAUCUCGUCACGCUACAAAAUCCAAUUCUUCCUUCAUCAUUCAGCGUAGCUCUUCGUUGCCUGCGUCCAAGCCACUUUUCCUUGCUCCAAAUUCGAUUAUCUUCACAACACUGAAUAUACACAAAUUUUCGAAAAUGGGCGUCAAAGUCGGCACUGUGAUCUACUCCAUCCUGCAGUUCAUCGCGUUCCUGUUCCUCUUGGUAGGCACGCCCAUCGACAUGUUCCGCGCGAAGAACGAGGAUACGAUCGGCAAUAAACCAUGCUUGACGAUGUGGGGUACUAAAGAGAAGUGCUACAGCACCGAGUACGACAUCCGGCCCGAUGACCUUUUCACACUUUGCAAGGGCCGCCUUGACCGCUUCCGCGCCGCGGAGGCCUUCGCCAUCAUCAACAUCGCCAUCUACCUUGUGGCGUGCAUCCUCGGCUUUGUCCAGCUGUGCUGUUGCCAUUGCUUCCGCUGGGUGUGCCUGCUGCUGAACAUCCUCGGCAUCAGCGCUGUGGUGACUUGGGCUAUCAUGGCGGAUGCCUUCCUCAGCAAGAGCGGCUCCGACGGUGCCACUACCGGCUACUGCGGCAAGCUGAAGGACUUCUCCAAGUACGGUGCUGGCUUUGGCCUCUUUGUGACGGCCUGGUGCCUGGACAUCGUCAACAUGAUCUUCCUGAUGCUGUCGUGCUAA